UGAGAAAUCUGAGUGUUCUAAAAAUUCCACACUUCCUGUGAACUCCAUCACAGUGCCACAGAGAUAUUUUUAGCAGACUGAACAGCCUUGAUCUCCAAGUAAAUGCAGGGCAUGGCAGUCUGUUUCUAGUGCUAAGGAGGAUUUGGCAAGAGUGAUUUCGUAAAGGAUUUACCUGUUAUUUAAUUUUUUCCUGCUUAAAUUUUGUUGUUUCAAGACAGGUUAUGGCAACUUCAGGCCCAAGGCAUAUCCUGCAAGUUGUGGUGACAUCUUGUUGCCGACAUGGCUCAGUAAGAAUGUGUUCACAUUCCAACACAAGCACUCUUUGUGCAGUCUGCAAGACAACUCCACAAGCACUUCUGUUCAGUGAUCACCACAGAGCUUUUCAACAUAAGAGCACAUGGGAAUUGCUGCGGGCUUUGCUUAUUCUGAGGGCAUGUGGAUCUAACUUCCUGGUUGAUAACAGUCUUAAGAUACUACGCAAAGGGCAGCAGAUAUUUGGAGACCAAAUCCUGGGAUUGUUCCUUCAUCCUACAGUGUACUCCCAGUUUGUGGCAGGUGAAGAGAGUUCUGAUUUGGCUGUAACGGCAAAAUCACUUCAGAAGAUGGAAAUCAGGCUCAUGGUGGCUCCCACAUUGGAGGAGGAUGUAGGAGAAAGCAGCUUGAGGCAAGACAAAUAUGAUAAGAACUUGAAUGAAAUGUUCAGAUUGGCAGAGAUGACACAUUGCCACGGUGGAGUUCAUCCUUGCUUGCAGACCAAGAUCACAGCUCUGGUAUCUGCUGAUACAUUGCGCAACUUGUCCCACAUUUAUGUAAAAAAGAAGGCAGAUUCAUGGAGAGUGAUGGUGCAACAUAUGGCUUCUGCCAUGUUAAACAGAGUGCAACUACCAGACAUUCCUGGCAUUAAUCACAGAGAUAUUGAGAAUAUGUCCAUAGCCUUAGGAAGAUUCAGACAACUUGGUGAGGUUGCUGCAACAAAGAACCUAUGUCUGUUGGUAGAUGCAGAGUACAGCUAUGUAAACCCAGGCUGCAGCCUUGUUGCUCUAGCAAUGAUGGCAGUAUUCAACCAGAACAGACCUGUUGUAGCUAACACAUACCAGUGUUAUUUCAAGGGGGCUUUGGAGACACUUACACUCGAACUAGAUGUCAUUGAAAGCCUGGGGGCAUGUUUUGCUGCAAAACUGGUGAGAGGAGCAUACCUCGAGAGGGAGAGGGAACUGGAUACUACUAAUAUUUGUGCAUCCUAUGCUGAGACUGGAGAUAACUAUCACAGGGUCCUCGAACAUGCUUUGAUGCAUGCAAAGAAGGCUGGAUCAGAUCGAUGUCUAGUCAUUAUUGCAACCCACAAUGAGGAAACUGUUCGUCAUUCUGCUUCACGCCUACUUGAACUUGGACUUGACCCUAAGGCUGGACAUGUGGUGUUUGCACAGAUCUAUGGCAUGGCUGAACAAAUCACUAUGCCAUUAGUGCAUGCAGGCUACCUGGUUUACAAAUCAGUGCCAAUGGGCACACUGAGUCAAGUGCUUCCAUAUCUAGCUCGGAGAGCUGCUGAAAACAGAUCAGUGUUGCACGGAGCCCGGAAAGAGAGGGAACUGCUACAGCAGGAGCUCAGUCGGAGACUCAGGUCCAUGUUUCAGAGAUGAGCUGUGCUUGAGAGGAAACAAAAGCCUAUGUAUGGCUCUUGAUUCAGUCUUCUACUCUUCUAAGCUUUGCUUCUCAUUACACUACAUUACAUUCAUUACAUAUACAGAUUAUAGAUUCAUCACUCAUCGUUUUAUUCAUCAUGUGUUAUGUUUGUUUCCAUAUGCCUGUAUUCUUACACGCCAAGAAUUUAUACCUAUAAACUUAUUUAUGGUCAUGUAUAAUUUUGUACCCCUUUCUUGUGAGGAAAAAUUUUGUGGUGUACCAUCAACGUGCCAAUGAAACAUUAGGGUGUGCCAUGAACCAAAAAAGGUUUCAGAAAACUGUGCUAGGUUGUGCUAGAGUACAUGUGAUGGUUCUAGAACAGUGACUUUGCAAUGACUUCCCCAUGGAGAACUAGACAGUAAGGGAGCAUAUGUAUGCUGUAAAGGUUUUCAUUCAACAGGGUCCAUUACAGAAUUCUGUUGAAGACUUCAAGAGAAUUUAUCACUGGGGAAAGCCCCUUUCCAAAUGCAAUUCACCAAUACAUCACACAAUGGCUUGAAGAAGGUUCCUGUCAAUAAGAUCUAAAAGUUUGUGAUGAUGGUAAAUUGUUACAAUUAAUAUGUUGCUGGACAUGAUUUCAUUCUAGAUACUUCUCUGGUAUUAAGCCUCAAAUAUGAUAGCUUCAAUAUUUCUUAACUCUCACAGAUGGAUUAUGUUGUCCUUGUUUUAUGAACCCCUUCUGAAACUGGCAUAGUUGUCCGGAGAUAGGGGGCUAGCUCUGUCUAUUGGACCCAACUGAGUAGG